AUGUCAACACACUUUCGCCCGCGCGCGACUACGCCUGGCCCGCCGAGCCCUACACGUCCAUCAACGGCGCGCUCCACAAUUCGCGCUAUCUCGCCGUCGCCGCCACCGAGUUUGGAUGAGGCUUCGCGACAAGAUUCUGCGACUACUGGAUCACCGAAUGUUGAUCUUCAGAGUACAUCAGAGAGUGCGAAAGUACGACCAAAGAGCGAUGGCUAUCCGCAAGCAUACGUGCAUGGUUCAGGUUAUGAAGAGACGGACUUCGCCAACUACACCACAACACCAGGGAACGGUAACUUCGGAAGCUCUCCCGCAAACAUCACUGCCAAUGUCACCAUCAAGAGAGGCGGCGGAAUGAUGACAAGGCGAUCACCGGUAAAGCGCGGUUCCAGAUCAACAAGUCCGAAGAAACGUCCGUACAGCACACCGACGGAGUUGUCUUCGCACCGCGAGUCGACAUUGCGUGACCAAGACGACACGCCAGCCACCAACCCGCGAGAUGCAGAAAUCCAAUCUGGUGACUACGUCGAUAGCGACGCAUACACCGACUGCCCAGACACACCCACCCCGAUGACAAACUCCCAAAAGCGCUCCGCCUAUCUCCCGCUCGGAACUCCGACGCCCUUCCCAAAGUCCACGCGUUCUCCCAGGCCCAAGUCCAAAUCAAGUCUUCAACGUGCCACCCCUACUACUACGCCCACAGCACCGACGCCAAAGCUCGAAUUCUUUGAGUCCUUCGACGAGCAACCAUCCUACAGCUCUGGGCCCUUCAACACGGACCAUCCCCAGAUGUAUGUUGGGCCAGAAGACAAGCUCAUGGCGUUCUACACCCAGACUGAACGUCGGAAGAUGCGCGAACGGGCGCUCGCAAGGGCUGUGCAACCGACAACGCCAGAUCACCCAGCAAGAGAUGUCUUGGUCAUGCAGCAGCCACUGCGAGAGGACGACAUUCGUGCGCGCAUGCAUCUCGCCCCUCCACAGCAGGCCAUGGAAUCACCGCCCCGGAAGCCUAUGUCAGAUGCGGCUGGCAACGUAGCGCGACACGUCUCGCCAUCCGAGGGCUCAUGUGUCUCCGGCGGAACGGUCACUAGCAAACGCUCUGUCUUUAGCACGCCUGGCAGAGACGAGCUCGAAAGGAAGAAGGCGAUUGUGGAGACUGACGAUGGACCGUUCGCCAAAGCAGUGAGCAUGGCAGAUCUGAAUGAGAGACGCAGGGUAGUCAGUGAGGAGGGAGCACAAGGUGUACGAAGGAGCGAGGAUUUGGAAGCAGAGAGCAUGCAGAAGAAAAAGAAGGAGGGUAGGACUUGUGGUAUGGGUAUCGGGUGCAAUGUCAUGUAG